CUACCACACAGUGACAGUUCUACUACCACACAGUAGAAGUACUCUGUUACAGUGCAAGUACUUUAUUACAGUAGAAGUACUCUGUUACAUAAAUACUUCAGUCUUAGAGUAACCAUGUUGUACUUUCACUCCUGAUCAGUUUCAGGCUGUUCAGAUCAAACCAGAACCAGAAGAAGUAGAGAUCCAGACCUUCACCCUCGUCAAGAAGCUGUCCGUCAAACUGACCGACUGCAGGCUGUGGCUGGAGGGGCGGGACUUCCUGUCUCUUGACGAUCACCCUCAGUUAUGUCACCAGAGGUCGACACGACGCCACCCGACGAACACGGGCAGAAAGAUGGUCUACUGCUCCGAGUGUACCAAAGGCUUCUACAAGAGGUCUCACCUGGAGGCUCACCUGAGAACCCACCGAGGACAGAAACCCAACCAGUGCUGGCGGUGCGGGAAGACCUACCCGACCCUGAUGAGCCUGGUAGUCCACCAGCAGAUCCACGACCGCAGGGAGCCCUACCGGUGCUCCUACUGCGACAAGACCUUCGCUCUGAAGAGGGACUGGAAGACGCACCACCGGACACACUCCGGGACCAAACCCUUCAAGUGCUGGUUCUGCGGGGACGGCUUCGGCGGGCAGGACGAGCUCGACGAGCACCUGGAGGUUCACAAGGGGGAGAAGUGCUACCGCUGCAAAGUCUGCGACAAGAUGUUCGUCUCCUACCAGGGUUUCAACUUCCACCGUAAGUCGCACAAGAACCCGAAGCUACUGCCGUGCUUGAAGUGCAAGAAGACCUUCAGUAACCCUCAGAGCCUGAAGCUCCACCAGGUGACCCACUCCAACAGGAAGCCGCACAAAUGCCCCACCUGCAGCAAAGCCUUCAAGCUGCUGAGCGGCAUGCGGGUCCACCAGAGGACCCACGAGGACCUGAGGGACUACCACUGCGCAGAGUGCGGUAAGUGUUUCUCCAGCCUGCAGGGCCUGAAGCUGCACCACCGCACCCACACCGGACUGAAGCCCUACAAGUGCAGCGAGUGCGGGAAGAGGUUCACCCAGUCGCCCCACCUCAAGUCCCACAUGGUCACCCACACUGGGGAGCGACCGUUCCUCUGCACCACUUGCGGGAAGAGGUUCACCCAAUCGUCCCACCUGAGGUCUCAUGUCACACUGUUCCACGUGGGUGAGAAGCCCUUCGCCUGCGACGACUGCGGGAAGAGCUUCACCAUCGCCCACUACCUGAAGAUGCACCGACUGAGCCACACCAAGGAGAAGCUGUACCAGUGCUCGUACUGUGACAAGUCCUUCUCCUACCACAACUCCUGGAGGGCCCACGAGAGGAUCCACACCGGCGAGCGUCCGUUCGGAUGCCGCGACUGUGGCCAAAGCUUCAUCACGUCGGGCUCGCUGCUGAGCCACCGGAGAACCAAACACACCGGAGAGAAGAGCCACUACUGCAUCACCUGCGGGGAGUUCUUCUUCACCAGCUCGCUGCUGCGGGUCCACCAGCUCGACCACACCGGCGAGCGGCCUCACGCCUGCGGCUGCGGCAAGACGUUCAAAACCAAAGGAGUGCUGCGCUACCACCUGAAGAGGUUCACCGACCACCAGCCGGCCGAGUGAACGGCAGAGCUUCAGGUGCAGGUCUCAACCACAGGACGUUAGUUUACCAGAAACACACAUUAUCAUUGAGAGGACAUUGUUACCUCUGAAGUCCGUCCACAAUAAAUGUCCUUAAAGACUCGGUGAUGGUCGUCACAAAGACACUGAGAUGUUGUUGUUUAAAUUCUCGUUACAUCCUGAAAAACUAUCAAUGAAUCAAAAGCUUUGACAAAAAGUAAGAAAAACAAUCACGAAUCUGCGGUUGUCUCGAGCUGUCUGUCUGACUGUCUACCUGUCUGCCUGACUGCCUGUCUGUCUUUCGUCGUCACCAGAGUCUUCCACCAGCUGUUCUAACAGGAGAGAUGUUUGUUGUUUACGUUCAUGAUGAGAUUUAGGGGUCGUAUCUUUAGAAGAGACGGACUGUAGGGGGCGUGUCUUUGGAGGUCUGAA